AUGGACGACUAUACUAUAAACCAACAUCAUUCCCUAUCCCCCGAAGCCGCUCCAGAGCUACACCUAACAAUCCGCUUCUCCGCCUCUAUCCCUGACGUCCAACUCGACAUCCCCAGUCCAUCAACCACAACGGUCGCAGGCCUCAAACAACUAAUCCGAGCCCAUUUACCGUCUGACCUUGCCAAUAGGAGGAUAAGACUAAUCUAUUCCGGCCGCGGACUGGAAGAUGCUUCUUCACUACGAACGGCCCUAAAAUUGCCCUCGCGGACGAGCACGCCGUCAUCCACCACAGAUGUCGAAGAUGGAUUGUCAUCCUCGAAGGAUAAGAAGGGAAAGGCUGUGGUGCGCGAUGCGAUGCCAUCCGACGUGCCGCGGGUCUAUGUGCAUUGCUCUAUUGGGGAUAUCGUCUUAUCUGCAGCAGACCUGAGCGCUGAAGCUGCUAUGGCAUCGACAUUCCUCGUUCAACAGCAGCAACAACAGGAUUCAACAAGUUCGUUGACAGUAAAAGAACGAACCGAGGAGCAAGAUGUAGAGGAUCUGGCAACGACUACCCCUGCACCAAGGGGAUUUGAUCGUUUACUCUCCGCAGGAUUCACGCCGAGUGAAGUUGCCGCCUUGAGGUCUCAAUUCAUGGCUCUACAAUCUAUCAAUCAUACCCCCGACGCCAUGCCUACAGGCGAUGAACUCCGCGAGUUAGAAGAUCGAUGGAUGGACGAAGGAUCGUCGGCAGAUGGGGCAGGUGUCGGUUUAACCUUUGCCGGUGGCGGCGGUGGAGGAACUGGCGGCGACGAAGGAGGAGGAGGGUUUGGCUCCUCAUCAAACAGCGCGCUGGAUGAUAUGUUAUGGGGCGCCGUGAUGGGCUUCUUCUGGCCGAUCGGGUGCGCGAUGUGGUUGAGGCGCGAGGAAGGGGUCUGGAGUUGGCGGAAGGGGUUGGCGGUGUUUGUUGGGGUGGUGAUUAAUCUCGUUUCUGGAGCAGUGAGGGUAAUGAAUUGA